CUUUUCGUUUCAGACAUGAAAAUAAAAAGUGGAAAAAGGGAAACUAGAACUGACUAGCACAAUUAUUGUGUAAUUAAUUGUAAAUAGUUUUCAAUUUGCUUUAUUUUAUAAUCACUACUGGCAGCACAUUUUUGUUGGUCGUGCUUGUAUUUGGGUUGGCACCGCAUAUGUUCGAGACUUUUGCCACCGCCAUUCUCUUUCAAAUUUAUUAUUUAAGGUUAUGUAGUACUGAUUUUGGCAUUAACUAAUUUUUUGGGUUUAAUUUUAUACAGAAAGUGCAGUUAUUGAAGUGUUAAACAUGAAUAAUACUCAGAUAUCUGAUAUAUGUCGAACGUGCUUGGUGGCCUCUGAAGGAAUGGUAUCGAUACAGAGCAAAAACUUGAUUAACAGCAGGUAUAUUAGCAUUAUCGAAAUGCUAAACAAUUGCCUUCCAUUUAAGGUUUCAGAAAAUGACAAACUUCCGAAACAGAUGUGCAACGAUUGCCUACUGUGUCUCACUAACGCGUACACUUUUCAACAAAGGUGCUUAAGCUCUGUUGUGACACUUCGAAGGAGCAUUGCAUGUGAUCAUCACAACUCUGAUGGUACCGACAAAAAACUCAUUACCGAAGCGUUUAUUAAUAAUGAACACAUUCAAAAAUUCGCAUGCAAUCUAUGUACUGCCUAUUUCACAAGUUCAGAUGAUUUGAAGAUUCAUCAACGUUUACAUUCUGAUGAACAUCUUCACAUUUGCAAUGUGUGCAAAUUGCAAUUAUCAAGUUCCAGUUCCCUAUCUAGGCAUCAAAAGAUACAUAAAGGUAUAAAAUCGCAUUUAUGCAGCAAAUGUGGUAAGGGAUUUACAAGAUCGGACGAUCUAAGUCAACACAUGCGAACUCACACAGGAGAGAAACCGUACUCCUGCACCAAGUGCUCAAAAUCGUUUACUCAAUCCUCGCAAUUGCAAGAACAUCUAAGAGCGCAUGCUGCCGAAUGCAAUUUUGUAUGUACGGUCUGUGGAAAGGCUUUCUCUAGGUAUAAUAGCUUAUCGGGACAUAUGAAAAUUCAUAUGAGGAAAAGAAGUCAUCCCUGCACCAUUUGUGGGAAAACACUUUCAAGUUCAGGCGCUCUCGUACUGCAUACAAAAAUACAUACCGGUCAAAAAGAUCACAUUUGCCCUGUGUGUGGAAAGGCAUUCACUUAUGCCGGACAUUUACUGGUACAUUCGAGAAUACAUUCAGGUGAGAAGCCCUAUGUUUGUAAGGAAUGUGGGAAAGGAUUUCCAGAUGCGUCUAGAUUAAGGGUGCAUUCUAGGUCUCAUAGUGGGGAGAGACCGUACAUUUGUACCCAUUGUGGAAGAGGUUGUGUUACAGCUUCUGAAUUGAAAAAGCAUAAUCGAAUUCAUACCGGUGAAAAGCCUUUUAACUGUAGCAUUUGCCCGAAAGCAUUUCCUAGAAAUGAAGAUUUAAAAGUACAUAUCAAAACACAUUCAAAUGAUCGGGACCAUAUCUGUUGCUACUGUAAUAAGGGGUUCUAUCAGGCGUCAACGCUUAAAGUUCAUUUAAGAAUUCAUACAGGGGAGAAGCCUUAUAAUUGUACAGUUUGUGGUAAAACAUUUUCACAAACUAGUGCUUUGACAGUACACAUGAAAACGCAUUAAGUUUAAAUGUGAAAUAAAUAUUAAACCAA